AUGAUUGAUUUAUUAGCAGCAAAUAAUGGAAGAGAUUUAUCUUUACAAAACACAACUUUUGUUGUAUUGGAUGAGGCAGAUAGAAUGUUUGAUUUAGGUUUUGAACCACAAAUAAAUAAAAUCUUAUCUCAAAUUAGACCUGAUGGAGACAAACAGUAUUGUGGUAAAGAUCAAUUGGAUAGAAAAUAUGCUAUAAAAGAAUUUUCAUCACCAAAUAGUGGAGUAAAUAUAUUAAUUGCAACUUCAAUUGCUGCAAGAGGAUUAGAUGUUAAAAAUUUAUCUUUGGUAGUAAACUUUGAUCCACCAAGUCAUUUAGAAGAUUACGUACAUCGUGUUGGUAGAACUGGUAGAGCAGGAGCAAAAGGUGAAGGAAUUACGUUUGUGUUUAGACUGCAAGAAAAAGAAAUCAUAAUAUUGGUGAAAGGUUUAAAAUCUAGUUUAAAAGAUAUACCUCCAGAGUCACUAAAAAUAUCUGAAGGAUUUUUCAAAUAA